CGGCUGUUUACGACACUUUACGACACUGCAUUCAGUCCCUCACAGCACUGGUUGAAGAUGGCCUCGUCUUUUUGGAAAGGUGUUGUCGGCAUUGGUCUUUUUGCUUUAGCUCAUGCAGCAUUCUCAGCGGCACAGCAUCGAUCAUACAUGCGACUCACAGAGAAGGAGAACGAGACACUACCCAUUGAUAUUGUUCUACAGACCUUAUUGUCGUUUGUGAUGACCUGUUAUGGCAUUGUGCACAUUGCUGGAGAGUUCAAAGACAUGGACGCCUCCUCAGAGCUGAAAAACAAAACAUUUGACACACUGAGGAACCACCCAUCCUUUUACCUUUUCAAUCACCGCGGUAGGGUGCUAUUCCGCACGCCGGAGGAGGAGCCCUCCUCUGUACGCAACCAACAAGCCCUUCCCAACCCCAUCCGGCUACGCAAGCUGGAGCAUUUGCACUGAGACUGAGCCUUUCCUGCCUGUAACUUCAACGUCAGAUUAAGAUUUGUUUUUUUGUGAGACAGAGGGGACGAGAGUUCAUCUUCCUCUACUUUAAUUUGUAUUUGUACAUAAACUAAUAUGCUGUCCAUGCAUCUCUGUCCAUAAAAGUGGUCACCACCAUUCAACACUGACUGUGCCAACCCUUCAAUUUUUCAAGCAGAUUUGUUCGUAUGUUCAGUAUGCAAUCGCUUUGGAGUCUUAAGACACACUGACAGCUACCCUUACUGUUCCCUCUGAGCUGAAGCGGGAUGCUGCUGUCCUUUGUAUAGCCUUUCUAUGAGGGGCAUAGAAACUCCUGUCUCCCAACAGUUUUACUUCAACUUCACAUCAGUCUUCAACUGGGCAAAUAUUUGUCAACUGAAAUGAGUUUUACUUUUUUUGUAGAUGAAUGAGUUAAUUUUAUUGUGUAGAUGAUUUCCUAGAAGCAGACGGUUCAUCCUGUUUGCAUUGCAGAGGUUUGGUUUAUGCCACAGGAAAUGGACUCAAGGUGAGAAGUGAGAACAGAAACCAUUAGGCAGCCGCUCUGAUGAUACUGUGAACAUAAAGAAUAACUAGAAACUGCUGGUACAUUUAUCUGGGUGACAUUUUAUUUUUCCUUCAUUUUACAUUUUGUUAACAUUCAACAGAUGUUUUUAUUUAAUAAAAGGCGUACUGAUUUUA